AUGGAUGAACAAAAACUCCAUCAGAUAGUUCAUGAGGCCGACAAUGUCGUUCCUCGCCCAACUCCUAAGGAAUUUUAUGAAAAGCAGCCUCGCAAAUCGUUGCAGAAUUUGGAUGACUACAAGCGCAUGUACAAAGAAUCCAUUGAGCAGCCAGAAAAGUUCUUUGGAGAAAUGGCUCACAGGUUCCUUUCAUGGGAUCGUGACUUCGAUCACGUCAAAUGGGGAUCCUUGAAAGAAGGUGUCAUUUCAUGGUUUUUAGGCGGAAAACUCAAUGCCUGCUACAAUUGUGUUGACAGGUUCGCAUUGAGCACACCAGAUAAAACUGCCGUGAUAUUUGAGGCUGAUGACGAAGGGGAAUGCAGAAAGCUUUCCUACCAACAGCUUUUGUUCGAGGUUUGUAAACUUGCUGGUGUUCUGCGUUCUUGGGGUGUUAAGAAGGGUGAUAGGGUCGCUAUCUACUUGCCAAUGACUCCAGAGGCUGUCAUUGCUAUGUUGGCAUGUGCCAGACUCGGUGCUGUUCACUCCUGUAUUUUUGCCGGAUUUUCGACCGGUGCGAUCAGAGAGAGAAUUUUUGAUGCUGAUGCAAAGGUUGUUUUAACCUGCGAUGAGGGUAAACGUGGUGGAAGAAUUACGCAUACUAAGGAGCUGUUAAACAAGGCUCUUGAGAAUUGCCCAGACGUUGAAAAAGUUCUUGUCUAUAAAAGAACAGGCAAUCCAGAAAUCGAGAUGGUUGAGGGAAGAGACUAUUUCUGGCAGGACGAGGUUAGAGAGUAUCCCGGAUACAUUCCUCCGGUUUCUAUGGAUGCCGAAGAUCCUCUCUUCAUUCUUUACACAUCAGGUUCAACUGGAACUCCAAAGGGUGUUGUUCAUUGUACCGGUGGCUAUCUUUUAGGAGCCGCUAUGACUACUCGCUAUGUCUUUGAUGUCCAGCCUGAGGAUAUUUUAUUUACUGCCGGUGACGUCGGUUGGAUUACUGGACACACCUACUCUGUCUAUGGUCCACUUGCCUUAGGUGCCGCCACAAUUAUAUUUGAGGGUACACCUGCUUAUCCUAACAUGGGCCGUUUUUGGAAGAUUAUUGAGAAAAACAAGGCCACCCAUUUCUAUGUGGCUCCAACCGCUCUCCGUAUGCUCAAGAAGUCCGGCGAGGCCGAGAUCUCCAAGUACGAUCUUAGUACAUUGAGAACGCUAGGCUCUGUUGGUGAGCCAAUUGCUCCUCAAAUUUGGGAGUGGUACGAUGAAAAAAUCGGUCACCACUGCUGCCAUGUUGCUGACACAUACUGGCAAACCGAAUCGGGUUCUCAUCUGAUUGCUCCCCUUGCUGGCGCAGUUCCUACAAAACCUGGUGCUGCAACUCUUCCAUUCUUUGGUGUGGAUGCCGUGAUUAUAGAUCCAACAUCGGGUAAGAUUCAGGAAGGAAAUGAUGUUGAGGGUGUUCUUGCUGUGAGAUCCUCAUGGCCAUCAAUGGCAAGAACUGUUUAUCACUGUCACCAAAGGUUCCUCAACGCUUAUUUACGUCCAUACCCAGGAUACUAUUUCACAGGUGAUGGUGCUGGUAGAGAUCAUGAUGGAUAUUACUGGAUUAAGGGUAGAGUUGAUGAUGUCGUUAACGUUUCCGGUCACAGGCUCUCCACAAGUGAGAUCGAAUCUGUUCUCUUGGCCAACAAAAAGGUUUCAGAGGAUGCAGUUGUUGGAAUUAGUGACGAUCUUACUGGUCAGGCAGUUAUUGCUGCCGUUCAGCUUAAAGACCCUCAUAUUGCAGAUGAUGAAGACUCUCUUUUAGCAUUGAGAAAAGAACUAAGAAUGACUGUGAGAAAGAGCAUUGGACCAUUUGCUGCUCCAAAAUCUAUUAUCAUCGUUCACGACCUUCCAAAAACAAGAUCCGGAAAGAUCAUGCGUCGUAUUAUCAGGAAAGUCUGCUCUGGUGAGGCUAAUGGCAUUGGUGACACCAGUACUAUGAUCAAUCCCGAAGUUGUCGACCAUCUUAUUAAAGCUGUUGAACAGCAAUUUGGCGUUAAGAAUUAA